AUGGCGACUCCGGUCGAGCCUCCGAACGGGAUAAGAGCGGAAGGAAAGCAUUAUUAUUCCAUGUGGCAAACACUAUUUGAGAUCGACACUAAAUAUGUGCCGAUUAAGCCGAUUGGUCGAGGAGCCUAUGGGAUUGUGUGUUCUUCUGUUAAUAGGGAGACAAAUGAGAAAGUUGCUAUCAAGAAGAUACAGAACGCGUUUGAGAAUCGUGUUGAUGCGCUUAGAACUUUGCGGGAGCUUAAACUGCUUCGACAUCUUCAUCAUGAGAAUGUUAUUGCUUUGAAGGAUAUUAUGAUGCCUGUUAAUAGGAGUAGUUUUAAGGAUGUUUAUCUUGUUUAUGAACUCAUGGACACCGAUUUGCAUCAGAUUAUUAAAUCUUCUCAAACAUUGUCUAAUGAUCAUUGCCAAUAUUUCCUCUUUCAGUUGCUUCGGGGCUUGAAAUAUCUACACUCAGCUAACAUCCUUCAUCGCGACUUGAAACCUGGAAAUCUUCUGAUUAAUGCAAAUUGUGACCUAAAAAUCUGUGAUUUUGGGUUAGCACGCACAAACUGCAGCAAGAACCAGUUCAUGACGGAGUAUGUAGUCACUCGAUGGUAUAGGGCACCAGAACUCCUACUCUGUUGUGACAACUAUGGAACAUCUAUUGACGUAUGGUCAGUGGGGUGCAUCUUUGCAGAGCUCCUUGGACGAAAACCUAUUUUCCCUGGUUCAGAGUGUCUCAACCAACUAAAGCUUAUUAUCAAUAUUCUUGGUAGUCAAAGGGAGGAGGAUAUCGAAUUUAUUGAUAAUCCAAAGGCAAAGAGGUACAUCAAAUCACUUCCAUAUUCUCCCGGAACCCCGUUUUCCAGACUUUACCCGAAUGCACAUCCGCUGGCAAUUGAUCUACUAGCUAAGAUGCUUGUUUUUGAUCCCACAAAGAGGAUUAGUGUUACAGAAGCACUUCAACACCCUUUCAUGGCCUCUCUCUAUGAUCCUAAUUCUGACCCUCCAGCUAUCAUUCCAAUUGAUCUUGACAUUGAUGAGGAUCUAGGGGAAGAGACGAUAAGGGAGCUGAUGUGGAUGGAAAUGGUUCAUUACCAUCCUGGAUCUGCUAUGGGAAAUGCAGGGUUGUCCUCUUGA